AUGACUCGCUCGCUUCUCUUACAGCGCCUACAGACGCUCACCAAUCAGCAAACUUCCAGCCCGCCCAGCAUACAGCCUGACCUGCCGGCGGAAGCCGCGCAGAGGGCAGAGGCUGCACGCGCGGGCGGCGGCGACGCGAUAGCAACAGCGCAACGAAUGGGAGCAACCACAGCAGGGAGGGUUGCUGGGGAAGCGGGUCAAGGCGAAGGACGGGCGGAGGAGCAGCGCGGUGGCGUGCGGUUGGAGUCGGUUCUGGCUGCCAACUCCCUUGUCGCCCUGCCUGGUCGCCCCGCCGUCCCCCCUUACGCCUUCCCCUCGCCCUCCCUCCACUCUUCGCUCCUUGGCCUCUCCGCUCCCCCCCUGCCCACACGCACUUACGAGCCUGCUGUGCCGGGCAAUGGCUCGACAGGCAGGGGCAGUGCCAUGCUCGCAUGCACGGGCACGGGCAGGGAUUUGCGUGAGCGGUGGGAGCAGGCUUUGCAGAUGGGCAAGGGGCGGGCGAUUUGGGACGACGAGCAGACGACAGCCCUGCUGGGGAUCUUGCGGGAUGUGCUGCGCGCUGAGGGCUCCGCCCUCCCCGGCAGGAUCGACUGGGGGGCGGUGCACCGCGAGUGGUUGCGGCGAGGAUUCCCGCGGUAUUCGGGGGAGCAGCUGCGAAUGCGGUGCAAAGUGGUGUGCGGGUGGGUGAAGGACAUUCGGGUGCUUCAGGAGCUGCUGCCGCCUGAAGUCGCCUGGGACCCCACCACUCAGUGCUUCAACCCCGACCCCGAGCUGGGCAUCAUCCCGCGGCUGAAGCAGCAUGGGCAGUGGAAGCACUACAGGCGGUGGCGCAAGCACACGGCGCCCUGGCUGCCCCUCGCUCUGCUCACCGCUCACACUUGCCCUGCUGAGGCACCACUGUGGGACGAGGAGGAGUGGGAGGAGGAGGACGAGGAGGAGGAGGAGGAUUGGGAAGAGGGUGAGGGAGGGGAGGAGGAUGGGGAAGAGGAGGAUGAAGUGGUGGAGGUGGAGGAUGGGGGUGAGGGGAAUGGGGAGGCGGAGGAGGAGGAGGAAGUUGAGGAGGUGGGGGGGGGAGAGGAGGAGGGAUGGGGUGAUGGAGGGCGACUGCGGCGUGUGGCAGGGAGGUAUAGGCAUGGAUCGGGAAGGAAUGUGCGGAGGAGGACAGACAGAGGGGCAGUGGAGGGAGAGCGGUGGAGUGGUGGAGAGUGGGAUGGUGAUGAGUGGUGGGGGGCGAGCAGGGGGGGUGCGGGGCAACAGGCAGGGCAGGGAGGGGAUGUGAGGAGCAGAGGAGGUGUGAGGAGCAGAGGAGGUGUUAGGAACAGAGGGGAAAGAGAGGGUGCAAAAGCGAGAGGGGUUGAAAGUGGAAGAGUUGGGGUUGGCAGAGCUGGGGUUGGCAGAGCUGGGGUUGGAGAGGAGGAUGGUGGGUUAGGCUGUACAGUUGACGCACUGCGGGCCAAUGGCGCUCCUCGUGGUGAGAUCGCACGUCGCAAUGUAACAUUUGCUGACAGUGCUCGUGCUGACGAGGCUCGUGCUGAUGGGACAGGGGGUGCAAGCGCGGAUGAGAGGGACGAGUACCCUGCGAGGCUGGCAGCGCGGAUCGCUGGCAUGGUGGCGAGCAGGAGGGAGCAAGGCGGCACAGAGAGGCGAGGGGUUGAGGGCGAGGGAGGAGGGGGUGGGGAUGGAGGAGGUGGAGGAGGGAAUGCAAAUGCAUGGCGCGUGGGUGGGGCUCGAGAGGGUCGGAAUGGGGUGGGGGAGAGGCGGGAAGGGGGGCGUGGGGAGGAGGGGAGAGCAGGGAGGGGUGUGAAGCGGUCGAGGCCGGUGUGGGUGCAGGUGAGGGAGAGGAAGCGGCAGCGGCGGGUGAUGGAGAGUGUGGCGCGUGCCCUGAUUGUGUUCAGAGGCAAGGCCAAGAAGGGGCAGGAGCACGUGUACCGAGACGCGGUGGCGGACAGCCCAUAUUAUGCUGCCCUCCCGGCCAUGUUAACUCUCCUCCGCACCCUCACCUGCAGACACGGGCAUGGCUGCUGGUGUUGGGGUGGCGAGGGGGGGAGUGGCGAGCGGAGCGGGGAUGGGGGGUUUGGGUGGGGUGGGGGGUGUGGCGGGGAUGGGCGCAGGGGGGGUGGGAUUUGGGAGGAACGGGGUGGGGGGAAUGGCGACAACGGGUGUGGGAGCAGCAGGGAUGGGAACAGCAGGGAUGGGAACAGCAGGGGUGGGAACAGCAGGGAUGGGAACAGCAGGGAUGGGAACAGCAGGGGUGGGAACAGCAGGGAUGGAAACAGCAGGGGUGGGAACAGCAGGGAUGGGAACAGCAGGGAUGCAGGGGUGGGAACAGCAGGGGUGGGAACAGCAGGGGUGGGAACAGCAGGGGUGGGAACAGCAGGGGUGGGAACAGCAGGGGUGGGAACAGCAGGGGUGGGAACAGCAGGGGUGGGAACAGCAGGGGUGGGAACAGCAGGGGUGGGAACAGCAGGGGUGGGAACAGCAGGGGUGGGAACAGCAGGGGUGGGAACAGCAGGGGUGGGAACAGCAGGGGUGGGAACAGCAGGGGUGGGAACAGCAGGGGUGGGAACAGCAGGGGUGGGAACAGCAGGGGUGGGAACAGCAGGGGUGGGAACAGCAGGGGUGGGAACAGCAGGGGUGGGAACAGCAGGGGUGGGAACAGCAGGGGUGGGAACAGCAGGGGUGGGAACAGCAGGGGUGGGAACAGCAGGGGUGGGAACAGCAGGGGUGGGAACAGCAGGGGUGGGAACAGCAGGGGUGGGAACAGCAGGGGUGGGAACAGCAGGGGUGGGAACAGCAGGGGUGGGAGCAGCAGGGAUGGGAACAGCAGGGGCGGGAGUGAGAAGCAUGUGGAUGGCUGAAACUCGUAGAGGGGGAAUGGGAUCGGGGAUACCGCGGAUGGGGGAAUCAGGGUUCGGUUGGAGGGGUUUGGGAACGGUAGGCGAAACGGGAGCGGCGAUGGCAGAAGGUGGGAGUGUGGGUGUGGGAAUGGCAGCAGCAGCAGUAGCAGCGGCCUCAGCAGGAGGAGCGAGGGGUGUACAGGGUGUGGACGGGGGAGGAGGAGGAGGACGGGGGGUGGGAGGAGGUGGAGGGGUAGGAGGGGCAGAGGGGGUAGGAGAAGCACCUGGGGCAGCAGGAGCAGGUGGGGCAGCAGGAGCAGGUGGGGGUGCAGGAUCAGCUGGGUUGGGUGGCACGAGUGCGUUGGGCGGCACAGGUGGGUUGGGCGGCACACAAGGGGCGGGCAGCACGGCAGGGCUGCAGCUGCUGGGGCAUCGCGUGCAGGAGUUUCUGCGACAGAACCUGGGAGCAGUCAACGCCAGUCAAGGGGCAGUCAACGCAUGUCAAGGUGGGGUGGGUGGCACUCCAGUGGUGGUCAAUGGGAUUCAAUGCGAGUGCCCUGAGUGUGUGGCUGCUAGAAUGCGUCAAGGGGCAGUCAACGCAAGUCAACAGAUGGCCCAGGCAGUGAAUGCUGGUCAAGGGGCAGUCAAUGCUGGUCAAGAGGGGGUGGCUGCCACUCCAGUGAUGGUCAAUGAGCAUCAAUGCGAGUGCCCUGAGUGUGUGGCUGCUAAAUUGGCGGCCAGUAUACGGCAAAGGGCUGUCAAUGGGAGUCAACCGGUGGUCAAUGCAGAUCCGACGAGGGGAGUGGCAGCGAAUCAGGCGGAGACAGCUAUCGACCAAUUAGGGUUCGGUGCGGGUCGUGUGGGGACGGCUGCAGUGCUACAGACAAGAAAUGCUGCUGGUCCAGCACCAGUCAACACUGGUCAGGCAUCAGUCAACGCUGGUCAAGAAACAAGAAUUGCCGGUCAAGGAGCAGUCAAUGCAGGUCAAGGGGUGGUCAAUGCAGGUGAAGGUGGGGGGUUGAGUAGUGAGGAAGAGUUGCUUUCAGGUGGGAAUCUGAGUGCUGGAUGGGAUACGAGUGAGGGCGAGGAGUUGAGUGAGGGCGAGGAGUUGAGUGAGGGCGAGGAGUUGAGUGAGGGCGAGGAGUUGAGUGAGGGCGAGGAGUUGAGUGAGGGCGAGGAGUUGAGUGAGGGCGAGGAGUUGAGUGAGGGAAGGGGAAUCGUGUGUGCGAGGGACAAUGGAGCUAUUGCGUAUGAAGCGGGAGCACUUGAGAAUGAGGGAUUGUGGCAUGUCUGA